AUGACUACAAUAACAAAAACUUUGAAUGCUUUAAGUUCUCCAAUUUACCAAUGGACUUACCGACAAUCAAAGAUAUCUAUUUAUAACAUGCUUUGUUUCUUCGGACUCUUCAUUGUAGCUCUUUCGUAUUGGAUUAGACGUGAAGGAAUGCUGAUGCCAAAUCAGGUUCAUGAUGAAGGCCAAGCUGAUGACAAAUAUUCAAAUACAAAUGAUAUGAAAUAUAAAUACGGAAGAACAUCAUCUUCCGGCAGCCAAAGCUACAGCAAUAGUUAUCACUCAUAUUCAAAUCGUGAAUACUCAACAUACUCUUAUAAAUCCUAUUCAAGAAAGUACUCUGAUUAUUAUGAUCCAGAAGAAAAGUAA